GAGGGUACUGGGCUCCGGCGACGAGGGAGGAGCGCUAGGUCGGUGUUGGACCGAGAUUAGGGCGCGCGCCAGCUCCGGGAGGCCGCGGUGAGGGGCCGGGCCCGAGCAGCCGACCCGAGCCAAUCGUCAGGGUUGCCAGCGCCUCUGUGGAGGAGCAGCAGUAGUCGGAGGGUGCAGGAUAUUAGAAAUGGCUACUCCCCAGUCACUUUUCAUCUUUGCAAUCUGCAUUUUAAUGAUAACAGAAUUAAUUCUGGCCUCAAAAAGCUACUAUGAUAUCUUAGGUGUGCCAAAAUCGGCAUCAGAGCGCCAAAUCAAGAAGGCCUUUCACAAGUUGGCCAUGAAGUACCACCCUGACAAAAAUAAGAGCCCGGAUGCUGAAGCAAAAUUCAGAGAGAUUGCAGAAGCAUAUGAAACACUCUCAGAUGCUAAUAGACGAAAAGAGUAUGAUACACUUGGACACACUGCUUUUACUAAUGGUAAAGGACAAAGAGGUAGUGGAAGUUCUUUUGAGCAGCCAUUUAACUUCAAUUUUGAUGACUUGUUUAAAGACUUUGGCUUUUUUGGUCAAAACCAAAACACUCGAUCCAAGAAGCAUUUUGAAAAUCAUUUCCAGACACGCCAGGAUGGUUCCAGUAGACAAAGGCAUCAUUUCCAAGAGUUUUCUUUUGGAGCUGGGUUAUUUGAUGACAUGUUUGAAGAUAUGGAGAAAAUGUUUUCUUUUAGUGGUUUUGACUCUACCAAUCGGCAUACAGUACAGACUGAAAAUAGAUUUCAUGGAUCUAGCAAGCACUGCAGGACUGUCACUCAACGAAGAGGAAAUAUGGUUACCACAUACACUGACUGUUCAGGACAGUAGUUCUUUUUCUGUUCUCACUAAAUCCAACUAGUUGACUCUUCCUCAUUAUCUUUGAUGCUAAACAAUUUUCUGUGAACUAUUUUGACAAGUGCAUGAUUUCACUUUAAACAAUUUGAUAUAGCUAUUAAAUAUAUUUAAGGUUUUUUUUUUUUUGACAAAUUCAGCAACAUUCAAC